UCUUCCACGGAAGGCUUUUGGAGCUAUCAAAAUUUAAAACAGUGUAUUGAAAAUGACAAGUACAGGUUCAGGGAGUGGGCGUAUAAGUUGUUUAAUUGUUUUACCAAGUUGUGCAGGAGGUGUUUCCUCACAGUCGUUCAUUCAGUGUUUCACACUGACACAUUCUGCAUUCACAGUCCAGUUGGCUACACCUGGUGGCAGAACACCAGAAUUCAUAAAUCAAGAUGAACAGAGUCGAAGAUGGUUGAAUGAUUUCCGUUCAAAACCAUUUUCAGUACCACUCUCACUGGAAAUAAUUGAUGCUAACAGAUACAUGUGCCUGUUGAUACCACAUGCUCCAGGAGCAGUCACAGACCUCGCCACUAAUGCAGAUCUGGGACAGAUUCUUAUGCACUUCAUAAAAGAGAAAAAGCUCAUAUGUGCCAUUGGGACAGGAGUAGCAGGCCUUUUGUCAGCAAAGAAUGAAGAAAAUUCUAGCUGGGGUUUCAAGUCAUACUCAAUCACAGGGUCUUCAAUAUGUGAACUAGCACGCCGGUCAGAUUUUGCUGACAUGCCACUUCUUGUAGAGGAUGCCGUCAGAGAUGCUGGAGCAACAUUCUCUCUAUCAGAACCAAAUUGUGUGCAUGUGGUUGUGGAUAGGCACCUUGUAACUGGACAGAAUGAAGCUUCCACACUGACAGCUGUCCAGAAUCUUGUACUGCUCUCCAAUCAGAGCCGCCAAGGUAAAGGAUCCAGCAAGUAGAACUUUAUUUAUCCAGUAUGAGGAGACUAUAUUCAGAACCAAGAAACAACAGUGCAGCUUCAAGUUUUUGCUGCUGGAAUGGUAAUUUGUCCAUUGUAAGUAUGUUUUUGUGUUAUAAGAAGGCUUGGUACGGAGAGGGACAGAUGCUUCAAGAACAAGAAGAAAACAGGGCAGUCAUUUUGUAUAUUAUUGUUUAUUUGCUUUUUUAUUGUACAUAAGAUGGUUAAUGAGGCAACAUAUUUGCAGUGCAAUGUAACACAAUUUAUCUUACCAAUUUUAAUUAUUUUAUCUCACAGUUUUAAUUUUAUGGUGUGAUGAAAUGUAAUGGGUUAUGGCAUGAAAAUGUAUGUCUCAAUGUAUGUUUUCUUAAAUUUAUUAAUGGUGCAGCCAUUGUA